AUGUUUGACUCAUCGAGGACUCGCUGGCUCGAGUGGCUUGAAGACAGACCCAGGGUAGGGCAAGUGCUGGCAUUUGCCAGAUCCUGGUUGCCUCCCGUCAAUUACAUCACCAUUCAUUACGCAUACUUCAUCUCAGUCACGGCAGCCUCCUCGCUCGUCUUCUGGGGCUCCGCUAAGCCCUUCGGCAGUGUCGACUAUGUCGACAGCUUGUUUCUCGUCACCUCGGCACUGACCACGACUGGCCUGGCGACAAGGAACCUCAGCGAGAUGACGGCUUGGCAGCAGGUGCAACUAUGGUUUCUCCUGAUGAUUGGUAGCCCCAUCUGGGUGUCUUUCUGGACCGUUCUCGUCCGCAAACGAGCGUUCGAAAGGAGGUUUGAGGACAUUGUCGAAACGGAAAGGGAACGGAGGAGACGCCACCGAGAACUGAAGAAGAUCAACUCGCUGGAGGCCCUGCCGGAAUACAACCAGAGCUGUCGGGACUCAGUUCUUGCGCGCCGGCACAUGCUCUUAGUCCUCGCCACCUUGGACAAGAGCUUCCAAAUCUUAACCAGACCGAUGUCGCCCCCUAAUGGCAACGGCCACGGCCUCACGACGGCAUACUCGCAUGGCAGCCAUGCCGCCGCACCCGGCGCCCCGAACAACUUGAUCAGACGCGGGUCGAACGCGACCACAGUAGCCUCGGCCGAGUCAGAGAACUUCUUGAUGCAUUGGAAGAAGAUCUUGGGGAAGCACAACGUCAGUCGCAGUGGUCAAUUCUAUGAUCUAUCCGAGGAGGAACGCGAACACCUGGGCGGUUGCGAGUACCGGGCUCUCAAGAUACUGUCCGUCGUUGUGCCUUUAUACUCCAUACUGUUUCAAUUCUUGGGAGCUGUUGCAUUGGCUUGUUGGAUUGCCUUACGCAACCCUGAGAUCCCGCGAGCGAACGGCCAGAACCCGUGGUGGGCUGGCAUCUUCUAUUCGGUGUCCGCUUUCAACAACGGCGGCUUCACACUGCUCGAUGACAGUGUGGUUCCAUUCCAGUCACACUACUUCGUCCUCUUCGUCAUUGGGCUGCUCAUCUUAGCAGGAAACACGGCCUACCCAAUCUUUCUACGCCUAGGUCUCUGGAGCACGCUGAAGCUCCUGGAGCUUACGUCGCCGCCACACGUCCAUAGCCCGUGGAAAGAGACCUUUGAGUUUAUCUUGAAAUAUCCGCGUCGGGUGUACACGACAUUAUUUCCAGCGCGGGCCACGUGGUGGCUUGUGGGGGUUCUCUUCGUGACCAACUUGAUCGAUUGGGUUGCGUUUGAGGUCCUUAACAUAGGGAAUCAGGAACUGGAAAACCUACCAGUGGGAGACAAAAUCGUGGCUGGUCUAUUCCAAGCGAUAUCCGUCCGAGCCGCAGGAUUCGCCGUCAUAUCCAUCUCGGUAUUGUAUGUUGGCGUGCAAGUACUGUACUUGAUCAUGAUGUACAUCUCGGUCUAUCCCGUCGUCAUAACAAUGCGUAACUCCAAUGUGUACGAAGAGCGUUCCUUGGGCAUCUAUGACGACGAGGACGAGGCUACCAAGGAGCAGGAAAACCUGACAAAUACGAACCCGCUGUCCUCCGGCCCGGAGCCGGACCAGAAGCACACUCUUCGCAGACGCAACACGGCCGCCGUGCUUGGCCAGCAGCUGAGGAGGGCAGCCACAUUUCAAGGCGUCGGCGUUGCUCGCCCGGUCAAGAGCGAGGAAGACACGAGUCGCAUCUCGUUUAUCGGACAGCAGAUCCGAGGCCAGUUGGCGCACGAUCUGUGGUGGCUGGUGCUUGCCAUCCUGAUCAUUGUCAUCAUCGAAACGGAUCACUUCCUGAGAGACCCCAUCACGUUCAGCGUCUUCAACAUCCUGUUCGAGGCCACGUCGGCCUAUGCGUGCGUUGGCUUGUCGAUCGGCCUACCCAAUGACGCUUUCAGCUUUUCUGGGGGGUUGCACAAAGGUAGCAAGAUUGUGCUGGUGCUUGUCAUGCUCAGGGGUAGACACAGAGGCCUUCCCGUUGCCAUUGAUCGCGCCGUCCGGCUGCCGGGCGACCAGCUUCGCAAGGAUGAGGAAGAAGAUACCAAAAUCCGGCGUACCAAGACUAUGCACCGCAUGAUGGGUCCUGAUGAAUAG